AUGGCGGACGCUGUCGGGACGGCCGUGUGGGUGCCGCACGAUGACGUCGUCUGGAAGAAGGCGACGGUCGUCCAGAAGCUCUCGGAGACGUCGGUGCAAGUGCGCUAUGUCGAGGACGAAGACGCAUACGACCGUGAGAUUGGCACCACAAAGACCUUUGACGUGCGCGAGAUCGCCAAGCUCGCGGGCGAAGUCUCCUCGACCGCGAUGCCCAUCUGCAACACCUUUGAGAAGCUCGGCGUUGAGGAUAUGUGCACGCUCAACCACCUGCAUGAGCCGGCGGUCCUGAAGAACCUGCAAUUGCGCCACGCGCAGAGCAUCCCGUACACGUACACGGGCCAGAUCUGCAUUGCUGUCAACCCGUACAAAUGGCUAGACCUCUACGGCGAGGUCGGUGCGGGCUCGCGCGUCGACAACACGGACGACUCGGUGUUUCUCCAAGAGACGAAGGAUGCCAUGGACACGAUCGGGAUCGACGACCGCGAGCAGCACGGUAUCUUUGAGAUCGUCUCGGCCAUCUUGAACCUCGGCGAGGUCGCGUUCACGGCGGUCAACGCCGAGAGCAGCCAAGUCUCGACGUCCGAGAACCUCGCCGCCGUCGCUGCGCUUCUCAAGACGGCGCCGGAAGCGCUCACCAAGACGCUCUGCCAGCGCACCAUGACGACGCGUGGUGAGACGUUCACGAUCCCGCUCAAGGUCGACCAGGCCUUUGACCUCCGCGACGCGUUCGCCAAGGGUAUUUAUUCGCGCCUCUUCGACUGGCUCGUCGGGCGCAUCAAUCGGGCCAUUUGCUCGACCAAGAACGUCUCGUCGCACAUUGGUCUCCUCGAUAUCUUUGGGUUCGAGUCGUUUGACCACAACGGCUUUGAGCAGCUCUGCAUCAACUACGCCAACGAGAAGCUGCAGCAAAAGUUCAACAGCGACAUCUUCAAGACCGUGCAGGCCGAGUACGUCGAAGAGGGCAUCCCGUUGGACUUGGUGAGCUUUGAGGACAACCAGCCGAUCCUCGACCUCAUCGAAGGCAAGCUCGGCAUCGUCGACCUCCUCAACGAGACGUGCUUGCAGCCAAAGGGCUCGGACAGCAUGUUUGUCAACAAGGUGCACGAGGCCUUUGCAACACACAAGAGCAUCGACCGCGUUCGAAUGGACCCAAUGCAGUUCAAGAUCCUCCACUACGCUGGCGACGUGACCUACGACGGAUCGCACUUUCUCGAUAAGAACAAGGACACGCUUCCGUCGGACCUUCUCGAGCUCCUCGCGUCGAGCCAGUCGUCGUUCAUCCGCGACGUCUUUCCCGAGCUCUCGGCCAAAGACGCGGCGUCCAAGACGACCUCGGGGGGGCGAGGCCCCCCCAAGUCGGCGCCGCGCCGCCAGGGCUUCCUCGUCGGCAACACGAUCGCGGGUUCGUUCCGCAAGCAGCUCGGCGAGCUCAUGGACCAGAUCGCCAAGACGUCGACGCAGUACGUCCGCUGCAUCAAGCCCAACGCCAACAAGAGCGCGACCAAGUUUGACCGGCACAUGGUCGUCGAUCAGCUCCGGUGCGCCGGCGUCAUUGCCGCGAUUCGCAUCAGUCGCGCGGCGUUCCCGAACCGCCUCUCGCUCAAGGAGUUUACGUCUCGCUUUGCCAUCAUUUGCCCGUCCAAGCUCCGGUCGGCGCCGCCCGAGGCCAUGGUGCUCGGGCUGCUGCAGCGCCUUUUGCCCGAAACGACGUCGGCAAAGAACGCGCUCUUUGCGAUCGGUCGCACCAAGGUCUACUUCUCGUCCGGUCUCUUGCAACAGCUCGAGGACCGGCGGAACGAGCUUCUUCGCAGCUUUGCACUCUGCCUCCAGCGCAACCUGCGCAUGCACGCAGCCCGCGCCGGCUACCGCCGAGUCCGCGCCGCCGUCAUCGUGCUCCAAGCCCACCUCACGGCGUAUGUCGCUGGCGUGCGCGCGCGGCGUGAAUUCCUCGCGCUUCGCACUGGGGUUUUGGGUGCACAAGCGCGGUGGCGCGGGCUCGUCCAGCGUCGCGCAUUCCGCGUCCUUCUCGUUGCUGAGCGCCAGCGCAAGGAGGCCGAGCGACUUCGGAUCUUGGCUGAGGCCGAGGCGCAGGCGCAACUCGAGCGCGCCGCCAAGCUCCAAGCCGCAUCGGCCUCGCCGGCCAAGACGAUGGCGUGGGAAGACGACGAAGACGAAGUACCAGCGUCUCCGCGACCGACUUACCACGAGUCGCUUAUCGAGAAGAGCUCGCAUGCUGAGCUACUGGCGCGUGUGGGCCAAGCAGAGGCGCUUGCACUGGAAGCGCGCGAGGCUGCGGAGGGCGCGAUGGCGCUCAACGAGUUCCUUCAGAAGGAGAACCAGGAGCUCAAGGCCAAACUCGCUCAAAACGUGCACGAGUACGCCGACGCAGAGCUCAAGGGCGAGAACGACCGGCUCAAGCGCGAGCUCAUGCAACUGCAGAGCAAGGUCGCGCGCAGCGAAGAAGUGUCGUUGAUGUCGGCCAGGGUGGUUGACAGCCGCAUUACCUUUCGCGAAGGCCGGCAGUUUGUCGAGUACAAGCUCCAGAUCGAGACCAACAACCGAGGCACGCUCUUUGUGUGGCACCGCUACUCGACGUUCCGAAACCUCGCGACGACUCUCCAGAGCAAGAACGGGUACCGGAAGAAGGACAUUCCCGAGCUCCCCAACAAGCAGCUCUUUGGCAACUUCAGCGAGAAGAUCAUUCAGGACCGCGUCGCGAAGCUCAAUGAGUUUCUCGAAGCAGCGACGCGCGCCGAGUACCUUCAGUGGGGCAUUCGUGUCGACCAGGACACGUGCGUCUACAAACGCCGCGUCAAGAACGCACCGCCAUCUCGGGACUCGCUGUCGUCACGCGAGACGGCGUCGACGACGCGCGAUACAGUCUCGAUCGCGGGCUUUCGCGCGUCUUCCAACUCGUUUAGCGACGAGAAGGACGCACCGCGUCAGUCGUUUGCGUCUCGGUUUUCGAUCAAGCGCAACAAAAGCUCCGUGUAGCGCGCGUCCGACAAUAAAAUUGCAUUGCUCGAUAGAUAAAUAUGAAGGUGUUUUGCGCUCUCUUG